AUGGAGUCGGUGAAGAUGAGGACGGCAAUGGCGACGAAGCGGGAGUACAGGAGGAUGGAGGUGGGCGAGGAGGGGGAGGAGGUGGACGAGGCGGAGUGGGCGCACCGUGCCGAGGCGCAGAGGCAGCGGCGCAGGCGGGGCCAGCGCUACGCCUUCAGCUGCGCGCUCUUCGCGUCCCUCAACGCCAUCCUCCUCGGUUACGGCGAGAGGCGAUGUUUCUGA